AUGGCCGACAACGCAGAACUUGAGUCAUUUCGUCGCCAGUGGCGUGAAGAAGUCGCGCGUCGAACGAGACAGCGCCCUGGUGCCAAACCAGAAAAAAAGCCAUCAGUGCCGCCUGAAGCACAGGAGCGUUUCCCACCCACUCGCCACGAAGCAUCUGAGCGGAAAGAGGAGGAAGAAGAAGAAGAAGGAGAUGGUGCUGGGCGGCAUAACCAGGCUGAGCUUGUGCAGAAUGUUGAGCAAUUAACGCUGGGAGUAACGGAUGAGGAUGCGUUUCAUCGGAAAGAGCCCCUAGAGGAGCCAAGCUCGGCCUUGGAGCACUUCGAGCGAGCUGUCCAGAAGGAGGCAGAGGGAAGUUUAGGAGAUAGUCUGCAGCAUUAUCGCAAAGCCUACCGCUUGGACUCGGCCGUCGAUAAAACAUACCGCGAUAAGCACUUCGCACAUGCAUGGAAGAAGUCUCAAGCUCCGAGUGUGCCUACCGUGUCUCAAGCUGCACAGCAAUCGCAGGACGAAGCUGUGCCCUUGCCAACUUCUGAACUACUUGCGACGUUUGCGCAUCUUCCCAUUCCUCAGGCGGAGCCAAUAAUUAAGGGCGACUUGCCACCCCCGUGUCCUAUCGCCAAUGUUCCGUCAGACAUAUUGGUCGAGAUCCUAAGACAUGUAGCAUUGAUAGACCCGGCAUCAUUGUGUCGGAUGGCGCUGGUAUGUAAGCGCCUCGCGUACCAUUUUGCCUACGAGCAGCACGUCUGGAAACAACUCUGUCAAGAUUCGAAGUUUGGAUUCGGGGCAAUGCACUAUUCUUUCGUCUGUGACAUCUAUGGCCAUCCAAUCUACACGCUUGGGCCGCAGUAUACCCUUUUCCCUCCUGGAGUCCCCGUGCAUAUUCCACGGCCGUUGUCUUCGUGGAGCCAAGUCUUCCAAAGUUUUCCUCGUGUUCGCUUUACUGGGGUUUAUAUUAGCACUGUCAACUAUACUCGUGCUGGUGCCGCCUCUUCAUAUCAUAACGUGUCCUGGAAUUCUCCCAUUCACAUUGUCACGUAUUAUCGUUAUCUACGGUUCUACCCAGAUGGAACGGUUGUCUCCCUGCUUAGUACGACCGAACCCGUGGAUGUUGUUCCCCAUAUUAGCAAGGAGAACGUAUUGACUGCCAAGUCAAUGACACAUCGACAGCAUCAUCACUUUACCCGUGACCUAGGCACGAGUCUGUCCGGCGCUGUCGAACCUGUGCCUCCUGUUGCUAUGGCGGCUUUGAAGUAUGCGCAUCUCGGGCGUUGGCAUUUGGCCCGACCGACUUCGGUGACAGACAAAACCUGCCCAGACAGCAAGGCCCAGGAGAACCCACAGUCUCCGCCAUCCGAAAUUCCUGAACCUUCCGGCCUUUCCGAUCCCCGAGACCUCGUCAUUGAAACCGAAGGUGCGGAUCCCAAGUACAUUUACACGAUGCAUUUGUCUCUUCGGUCCACAAGUGCAUCCAAAUCUGCUAGUGCCAACGCGCCGCCUUCCAACACAUCGAAGAACACCAAACUCGCCUGGAAGGGGUACUGGAGUUACAACAAGUUGACUGAUGAUUGGGCCGAAUUUGGCCUUCGCAACGACCGAGCUUAUGUCUUCCGACGCGUCCGAGGCUGGGGAAUGAAUUAA